GAUACAAAAGCUGGAGAUGAGGUUUGGCUGUAUUAUCCAUCCCUGGUGCAGCUGAAGCAAAAAUGGCGUCUGCAGGCCUCCAAAUUUUUGGCAUCUUCCUGGCAAGUAUUGGAUUUGUUGGUGACAUCAUUGUUUGUGCCCUGCCAAUGUGGAGAGUGUCUGCCUUUGUUGGAAACACCAUUGUGACAGCCCAGAUCUUCUGGGAGGGCCUGUGGAUGAACUGUGUGAUGCAGAGCACUGGACAGAUGGAGUGCAAGUUUUAUGACUCCAUGCUGGCUCUUCCUCAAGCCCUGCAAGCUGCCCGUGCCCUGGUUGUGUUCUCAAUCCUUGUUGCUUUCCUGGGAAUCCUGCUUGCCAUUGCUGGAGGAAAGUGCACCAACUGCAUUGAAGAUGAACUCUCCAAGAGCAGGGUAGCCAUGGCUGCAGGUGUGUUCUUCAUUGUCGGAGGUAUGCUGUGCCUUAUUCCUGUGUCUUGGUCUGCCAAUGGGAUAAUCAAAGACUUCUACAAUCCUGUCAUUAUGGACGCUCAGAGGAGAGAGCUCACUUGUGUUGGCACCAUGGGGACUCAGCUUGUUGGUUUUUGCUUGGCAGUUAUCGGCUUCAUGGGAACCAUUCUCAUCUGUGCUCUUCCCAUGUGGAAAGUGACUGCUUUCGUUGCUGCAAACAUUGUCACCGCUCAGGUGUUCUGGGAAGGUUUGUGGAUGAACUGCGUGCUGCAGAGUACAGGUCACCUUCAGUGUAAAACCUACGACUCCAUCCUCGCCUUGCCUCAGGACCUGCAGGGCUCUCGGGCUCUCGUUUGUGUCUCCCUUGGUGCCAGUGUGGUGGCCAUCGGGCUCAGCGUGGUUGGUGUUCGGUGCACCAACUUCUUUCACUAUGACAGGCUGACUAAAACCAACAUCGGUGUAUCUGGGGGCGUGGUGUUUAUCAUCGCAGGGGUCCUGUGCCUCAUUCCUGUCAGCUGGUCGGCUUACACCAUCAUCACGGGAUUUUACAGCCCCCUGGCCACAGAUGCGAGGAGGGGGGAAUUGGGAGCUUCUAUCUACAUCGGCUGGGUGUCUGGGGCUCUCCUUGUUAUCGGAGGAGGGCUACUGACAGGUAGCUACAGGUGCUGAAGAGGAGGGGAGAAGAAGAAGAAUGUACUGUGCUGUACCAUCCAUCCCAACAGGCUGAAGAUGUACAUAUAAAAUAGACUCUGUUUACGAAGAUUCACUUUACCUGGUAAAGUCUUUAAUUAGAGCUCCAUUGUUGUCAUUUUUUUCAACUUACAAUUGCACUAAAAUGACAAUUGAUUGCAUACAAAGUAUCAUUGUACACCAUAAAUUAUUUCUUUGUUUUAUUGUUGUAUGACAAUUCAUGUAUGAAGGAAAAUAUAUGUAUCUGAAGUUUAUUUAGAAGAGUUUCAGAAUUACAAAAUUCUGAAAAUAUUUUUUGCAUUUGUUCUUAUAUAUUUAGUAUUGAGUCCUAAUGUUACUUCUUCAAUUGCUUGUGAACUCUUAAGGUGACAAUUGUCCUUUUUAGUUUUACUUUUUUGGAAUUACAUGUUUUACAAAUCUGUAGUUUAAACAAACGGACCAUUAUUUUUGUAUAUUAUAAAUAAAUGUUGGUAUGUUUCUAUUUAAAACACAA